GAAAUUUCCACCGUAAAGCGUCAGUGAUCAUGGUUGAUGAGCUGCUGUCUGCCUACCCACACCAGCUUUCAUUUUCCGAGGCUGGGCUCCGGAUCAUGAUAACCAGCCACUUCCCUCCCAAAACACGUCUCUCCAUGGCCAGCCGCAUGUUAAUCAAUGAGAGACAAAGGCUGAUCAACAGCAGGACUUACACCAAUGGUGAGUCAGAAGUAGCAAUCAAAAUACCUAUCAAGCACGUGGUUGAGAAUGGAACAGGCCCCAGCAACUCCGCUGAGCGGGGUGUGAACGGCACACGGCGGGACGAAGACAUGGCUGAGGCUGGGAACGAGACAGAGAACGAGAAUGAGGAUAACGAGAACAAUGAAAACGAUGAGGAAGAGGAAGAUGAUGAUGACGAUGAUGACCAUGAAGGGCCAUACACACCUUUUGACCUACCCACUGGCAAGAUAGAAAUCUUAAAGUGGCUCUUCACAUGGCCACUGAGUUUUGUCCUGUACUUCACCGUGCCCAACUGUAACAAACCCCACUUGGAAAAAUGGUUCAUGGUUACCUUUGCUUCUUCUACUCUCUGGAUUGCAGCUUUCUCCUACAUGAUGGUGUGGAUGGUAACAAUCAUUGGCUACACACUGGGAAUUCCAGACGUGAUCAUGGGCAUCACUUUCUUGGCAGCUGGAACCAGUGUGCCGGACUGCAUGGCAAGCCUUAUCGUAGCAAGGCAAGGCAUGGGGGAUAUGGCUGUGUCCAACUCCAUCGGCAGCAAUGUUUUCGAUAUUUUAAUUGGCCUAGGACUCCCGUGGGCUUUGCAGACCCUAGCAGUGAAUUAUGGAUCAUACAUUCGGUUAAACAGCAGAGGACUUAUCUAUUCUGUUGGUCUCCUGCUGGCAUCUGUUUUUGUCACAGUUUUUGGCGUCCACCUGAACAAAUGGAAACUGGAUAAGAAGCUAGGGUGUGUGUGCCUUUCCCUUUACGGCAUCUUCCUGUGUUUCUCCAUCAUGACAGAAUUCAAUGUUUUCACUUUUGUGAACUUGCCAAUGUGCAGAGAUCACUAA